GCAGAAACCACUCACAUCACCAUGGCCCGCUCCCGCUCGUCGUCCUCUCCUCGCCGCUCGGCCCCCGCCGCCAAGCCUGCUGCCAGACCCGCGCCUGCUCCUGCACCUGUGCACGCUGCGCCUGCGCCUGCUCCCAUGCAACAACAAAGCGGUGGUAUGAUGUCCGGUUUGUUGGGCACGGUUGCGUCCGGCAUGGCCUUUGGUACCGGUAGCGCGAUUGCCCACCGUGCUGUGGGUGCUGUCGCCAACUCGUUUGGCGGAAGCAGCGACGAAGCUCACCACGAAACCCCUGCCGCAGUCCCAGCUGCUGCUGCGCCUGCCCAAAACGCUUGCUCGAACGACCACAAGGCCUUCAUGGACUGCUUGAACGCCAACCAAAACAACGUCUCGAGCUGCCAAUACUACUUUGACCAGUACAACCGCUGCAACAACAAUGGCCAAUCUUCCUUCUCGGCCAACUAAGCACGAAAUAUUAAACCUGUCUCCCAUCAAA